AUGCAUGAAAUCGUCACCAUUCAAUUAGGUCAACGAAGUAACUACCUUGGGACUCAUUUCUGGAAUAUCCAAGAGUCAUAUUUCACCUAUUCCGAGCAUGAGCGGUCUAUCAUUGACCACGACGUCCACUUUCGCCCAGGUCUCGGCAACGACAACUCGGAGACAUUUACCCCCAGAGCUGUCAUAUAUGAUUUGAAAGGUGGGUUUGGUACACUGCGGAAGUACAAUGCUCUUUAUGGCAUUCAAGAUGAGUCCAACCCUGCCCAAGGACUCUGGGAAGGGGCGACAUUGAUCCAGAAUGAACCAACGAUCGAGCUUUCCGAGUACCAAAAGAAACUUGAAGGUGGCCUUCCUACUCCUCAACUACGGGCUUCCGAUGUGAGAUACUGGUCCGACUUUAAUCGAGUAUAUUUUCAUCCUAGGUCGAUCGUUCAGCUGAACGAUUAUGAGCUGAACUCAGAACUCAUGCCUUUCGAAAACUGGUCCAAUGGGGAAGAUUUGUUCCAAAAUCUGGACCGAGAGUUUGACCUUAUCGACCGCGACAUACGGCCCUUCGUCGAAGAAUGCGAUCAAAUGCAAGGAUUUCAACUGCUUACUGGGGUUGAUGAUGCUUGGGGAGGCUUUGCCGCAAAAUAUCUUGAUAAUCUUCGCGACGAGUAUGGCAAAACAAGUAUCUGGGUAUGGGGACUUGAGGACCAGUCAAGAGUCGUGAGGCAAAAGCAACAAUUGCGAUCUUGCAACUCUGCGAGGUCUUUGCGCUCCUUGGGCCAGCAAGCAUCAGCUUUCAUUCGACUGGCAGCCCCUCCAGCAAAUCUACCAAACUAUGUCAACCUCCUGGAUAACUCUGACUGGGCAACCACUGCAUUGCUGUCUGCAGGCCUGGAGUCCAGCACCCUACCAACAAGAUUUAACGCUACCACUCGAAAGAGGGGAUCCCUAACGCUGUUCGAAGAUAUUCUGAAUACCAAUGGCAACCAGAAACUCUUCGAGCUUCAUGCUAGCGUCAACAACUUCAGCAAAGGCUCCGGUGGCCAACCCAAUGGGAAUGAUCGAAUACUGAAUGGAGGAGGUAAUCCUGGGGUUCAUACGGAUCCAAUGCCAUCUCCACUAGACAUUGAUUAUUCUCCGAGUUCGAAUGCCAUCUUGGCGAGCAGGUCUUUCCAUGUCUUUGGUCAGGUGGAAAGUGAGCGUGACAGGUUAGAAUCGAACCUUAGAACGUCAAGCCUCGCCCCAGAAGACCGUCUCCGCAGAAGACUGAAUAAAGAGAGUGUUGUUGAAAUAUUUCAAACCGACCUCCAAUAUCCCAUACUGGACACAUUCCCGGAGAGACUCUUCCAGACCCAAAGACAAGACCAGGGUGCACUGGACAUUACAGCCGCCCUCGUGUGCACUUCUGCCACCAAGAACAAAGUCAUCGAUCUUAGGGAUGCAACCUUUCGAUUGGUGCAGAUCGAUGAACGUGAAAGCCUUUACAACGACCUUACCGAAGUGGCUCAAAAUUACAGCAUUGGUUGGGAAAGCGGAUCGGAUACUGGCAAUGACGAUGAUUGA